AGAUCUACCUCUUUCUGGCCGACCAGGCGGCGCAAUACGGACGCAAAACGCAGCUAUGAAAGAGCUGGCUUUUGAGCUCGCUUUAGAGACAGAAGAGAUUCUUCCUUCGAAGGCUUGUCUGAAAAUAAGUUUGAAAUUUGUGUGCACUGUGCCAUGAGUAAAGGGAAAAGAAAGAAUCCAUCUACCUGCAAAAGAAAUGAUGAUGAUCUGAGAGAUAAGAUUGUUCAAGUCAAGAAAGUGGUCCGUAAUCGUAGUAAGUCGGAUAUUGCUCUUGUGCUACAGUCAUGUGAACAGUGUGAUAAUGCUGUUGACACUGCUAUUGCUAAACUAAUUGGUCCAGAUAAGGGACAAGAUUGUCUUAAAGAGUGGGAAGUCAUGGCUAAGAAAAAUAAAAAAAACAAGAAGUCAACUUCUGAAAAUAAUACAAACAAAGCUGCAUCGAAUGCCUCAACACCGUCUGACAGUGUGUCUUGUGUAGACUUGGGAUUUGUGGAAGAGAAACACACAGCUGCUACACAGGAAUCUGAAUCUACACCUCCUGAGUCAUCCGAGGCAGCUCCAGCAAAAUCACCGUCUCCUUCAAGACCGCCAAUCCCUCCUGAGGACAAUAAAACGAGUGGUCAAACAAAAAGCAAGUCAAAAAGACGUGCUGUAAAGAAACCCAGACCUCCUAAAAGGAUACGAGAGAAGCUCAAAAUAAUGGCAGCAGCUGCUGCAGCUAAUUCAGGGGAAGAAUCACCAAUGUCAGCUACAGUAAUGCUUUCGAGUGAUGAGCCAGUACCACUCUCACCAGAGAGUGGCAUAAUGACUGCUUCAACUAGCCCCACACCCUCGCCUGUGUCAAAAGAUGCUUCUCCUGAUGUACCACAACCAGUGCCACCAAAGGAGAGAGUAACACAGGAGAGGUAUUCUUCAGAGCCUUCACUAAGAAAACUUAUAAAAGAUCUUCAUCGCUGUGACAUUGCACUUAAUAGAUAUCAGCAGAAUCUGGAGGAUCAAUGUAAAUUAGCUGCAAAAAAUCUGGAGCGUACUUUUAAUACGCUAAGAAUUGGUAUCAAUACGAGAGAAGAAGAUCUUCGUUGUGAGCUAAGAAAUGUCCAGCAAACAGCCCAUCUCCUUCUUCAGCGUAGAAAAGCAACAGCCAUUACAUUGAGAAGAUUAACUGAGUCCGCCAAUCAACUUGAGGAGGUUCAAAUUGCUGAACUCAAGAAACAAUUGAAAUACUUCACUAGUGACAGGAAAGUUGAUGAAGCGGUCGGAAACCUGAACAGGUUUUAUGGAGACCCAGACGAUUUAUUGCCAUCUGUUAUGAAAUUUGGAAAGAUGGUAAGUGUGCAAGAAACAUAUUCAUCAUGGAAUGAGAAUCCUCAAGCAGCCAUUGAGAAGUCUUCAAUCAAAGUUUGCUUGCCACCACUGGUGAUGCCAAAGCAGUUUCACAAUGAAAACAACUUCAUUGCCGGUAUCCCAUUCAUGCAGCGAUACUGCUUACCUCCCCCUCUCCCUCCUUUGCCGUUCCCUCAUUUUCUGAGACCGGAGUUCGGGCUACCAUUUACAAUGCCUCGGCCUAUUAUCAAUACUAACGGAUUAUUUUGCGGUGGGUUCCCUAACCAGAACGUGCCACCUCCAGUUCAGCUACCUCGACUACAGCAUCACCCCCUGGCUAUAACUAGUGCCCCUUCUCAAACUGGAUGCAAUUACCCGUACAAGUAUUCUCCAGAAUUUCUAGCAGUCUUUCAGGAGAGGGUACGAAACUCGUUAUAUCGACAAGGAGUGUGUUUAUAUGAUCCUCUUACUGGAAAAGCUGUGAGGCCAAACCUUGCUCCUCCUCCACCUCCCCCAGUUGUUCAUCCACCAGGACCAACGCCACUACAACAUACCACAAGCAAUGCAAGCACUGCUAAUGACGGGAAAAAGAAAACCCCAACACAGCAAAGACGGGAUAGAAAAAGGCGUCAGAAGGAAAGAGAAAAGAGAGAGAAGAGUAUUAAGAACAGCAGCAGUUCUUCUAAUAGCGUUUCCAGUAACAGCAAUGCCACCAGUAGUAAUGCUACUAGUGCCAAUAACACUAACCCUACCAGUACCAAUAAUACCAACCCUACCAGUACCAAUAAUACGAAUCCUAGCAAUACCAACAAUACCAAUCCUAGCAAUACUGAUACAGACUCUAAGCAACCACCCUCUCAGGCUCUCAUGUCAAGCAAAGUCGGCAAACCAAUAUCAAGAAAAAGCACUUGGAUUAAGAGAUACAAGAGAUACGGAAGUAAAGAACGAGAUAGGAAGUCUGUAGAGGAAUCCCCUACACAGGACAAAUCACAGAAAGCUAAUCCUCCCAUUACUGCACCCACAAAAGAUGAACAACCUUCUGUCAGCGUCACAUUGCCAAAAGAGGAGUCUACUAAUAGUACGCCAACUGUCAAAAAAGAGCCAACAGAAGUGAAAGAAGAAAAGGAUGCUACUCCUGCUGCAGUGGAGGAUUCCACAGCACGAAAAGAAGAGAAAAAAGAAGACUCCGUCACAACAUCAAAAGAAGAUAAACCCUUAGCCGCUUCACAAAAAGAAGAGGACUCAAAUUAAUAUAAACUUUAAAUAGUAAAUUAUAAACAACAAUUUCAAAUAGCUGUGCUUUGAUUCUUAUGUAGUGCUGGUAAUGAUACAAUGUACAUGUAAUGUUCAAUACAAUUCUUUAGGUGGAGUAUCCAAUUCAUAUAAUUCAUAUAAUUGUUUUAAUAUUGUGGUCAAUUUUUCAACAGACUUUGAAAACAUGGA